UGUAAGCACAACCCGUCGAACCGACGGCCCGUUCGCUGCUAUCCUGAAGCAAAAAAUAGAUAUAGUUUUAUGUAGCCGGGAAUAAUUUAAGAUAAUAGAAAGCGGCACUGUUAGAGCGACGUCGAGCAAGUAACACGCACCGCGCCCUCUGUGGUAUAGUGUAAGAAGACGUGUUCAAGAUGCCAUUGUAUCAGAGGCCUCCGUUUUGGCGCGUUCCCCACCAGAGACGUGACCCCGGCGAUGAACCUAGAGACUUCGGACAACGGACACGGGUGACACCAGGCACUCCGGCCGGCCGGGAGUUAGUCCGAGGCGACAUCAUAGCUAAGAUCGACGACUACGACGCGCGUGAUCUACGUCACGAAGACGCGCAGAACCUAUUCAAAAAUGCCCGUAACCAAAUUAAAAUUGUUGUGCAAAGGGACGUGGACAGAGACGUGGUGGGGGCGAUUCCAUACAUACCGAGGUCGCCGGUACCCAGCAGUGUUCCUCCUUCCUAUAGGACACCCAGCCCACUUCCAACAUCACAAGGUAACUGGCAAGGACGCGGUCCCGAGUCUCUGCCCAGGACGCCGGUGCAGAACUACACGGCAUACCCUAUUCAGCAGGAGGGAGAGUACAGAACUCUGCUGUUAUCGCCCUCUUCCGUACGUACCGAUGAAACGAUCGACGAAUCCAUUCAAAGUCAACCAUACCGCACAACGCCCUUGGUGUUGCCCGGCGCGAAGGUCCGACGGGAACCAGGUCCCACAGAGAGUUACCUCCGUCAUCAUCCCAACCCAGCGAUGAGGGCUCCCCCACAUCACGACUACCGUGACACACUCAUGAAGCAGAAGGUUGCCGAGUCGGUGCUGCAGCGAGUGAUCGGAGAUGAGGGCAAUAAGGUGGUGCACAAGCAAUUCAACUCGCCAAUCAAUCUAUAUUCGGACCAGAAUAUUGCUAACUCGAUUAGGCAACAAUCGUCGCCCCUGCCCCACAAGCCGACGCUACUCUACGACCCCGCCAAGUCGGAGACCUUCCGCGCGCUGCAGGAGGAGGGGCUGGGCGACGUGGUGCAGGAGGUGCCCACGCCCGUCCAGCCGAAGGUUUUCCAAGCGCCCGUUGUUAAGAAGCCAGCGCCAACUCCGAAACCAGCGAAACAGCCUGAUGCGAAACCGACAGGAAAACAAACGACCUUCGUAAAUUCACUACACGAGGAGCAUAUUCAGCAGUCAAACUCAUUCAAACGUCUCAUGUUCCACGUUCUUGGUGAUACCGACUUGUAACACGCGGUAUACCAUAUAACCGCAGUUUGACCGUCAUGAUGGAAGAUAGACAUGGCAAGCUAAUAAAAACAGAGUAUUGAGGAUGUAUGCGUCUUUUUGAAGUUUGCCCGUACAAAAUUUUGAAGCAUAAUGGACUGAUUCGAAGAAUAGUUUUGUGGCGGUUAGUUAUGGCGCCGAAUAUUAUUCGACUUGUUGAAUUAGCAACGAAAUAAGACUAACAAAGAUUAAUAAUAGAAAAUCUAUUGUAAUAACGCUCUUGGCAGUGUGUAAAAUUAUUAUUUGUUGGAUUUAAUAAAAUUAUUCUAAUACUCGAGUAUUAGUGACAUAAUUUAUAUUUAUAUUAAGUAGCCAUGUAACGUCUAUUACUAAGUGUUGAUUUUCUGUUUGUACAGAAAUAUAAUGUUUAUGUAUACAUAUGAGAAGUGUUGAGUGUACAGUCUAGUCACGUCGACCCGAGCUCUGGUCGUGCCUACGAGUAUGAAAUUCGUUCAACUUUAAAUAAAUUAUUUAUUUUUAUCUA